AGCGCGGAGCUGCAUUUGUCUGCUAGAGGUGCUCGCGGAGCGAGCGUUGUGUUCAGCGGUAGUGGGCUAGGAGUGUCAGUAGUGGCCGUGGCACGGGUGGGAGAUUGAGUCGUAGGAACCACGCGCCCGCUGUCCACGAUCGCUGGCAGGGAGCGGCGUGCCAGCGGAACAACAUGCAGAUAGGCGCCCUGCGCCCUGACGACCCCUCCAGAGGAAAAGAGGCCGGUGCGGCACUGGGGCUGCAGGGAGCAUGAAGGAGGCCGGGGGUCGGCUCGGCUUGGAGCGCUGCUAGGGAGCGGUGCUCACGGCACAGUUGCCGGGGCGCAGCGGAGGGCGGGGAGCCCGGCAGGUCGCGCCAGCGGGCGGCAGCCGGUAGCCCAGAGCUGUUCUGAUUUCUGACGCGGACGCGAGGGGCCCGGAGCAGCCCCCGACCCAGGCGUGCUGCCAACAUGGGCAACGCGGGGAGUAUGGAUUCGCAGCAGACCGAUUUCAGGGCGCACAACGUGCCUUUGAAGCUGCCGAUGCCCGAACCAGGUGAACUGGAAGAACGAUUUGCCAUCGUACUGAAUGCUAUGAACCUACCCCCUGACAAAGCCAGGUUACUGAGGCAGUAUGACAAUGAGAAAAAGUGGGAACUGAUCUGUGAUCAGGAACGAUUCCAGGUGAAGAAUCCUCCCCAUACAUACAUCCAAAAGCUCAAAGGCUAUCUGGAUCCAGCUGUAACCAGGAAGAAAUUCAGACGGCGUGUUCAAGAAUCCACACAAGUGCUAAGAGAACUGGAAAUUUCUUUAAGAACAAACCAUAUUGGAUGGGUCAGAGAGUUUUUGAAUGAAGAAAACAAAGGCCUUGAUGUUCUAGUGGAGUAUCUGUCAUUUGCACAGUACGCGGUAACUUUUGACUUUGAAAGCGUGGAAAGCACUGUGGAGAGCUCGGUGGACAAAUCAAAGCCCUGGAGCAGGUCCAUCGAGGACCUGCACAGAGGGAGCAACCUGCCCUCCCCCGUGGGCAACAGUGUGUCCCGCUCGGGAAGGCACUCUGCACUGCGAUAUAAUACUUUGCCAAGCAGAAGAACCUUGAAAAAUUCAAGAUUAGUCAGUAAGAAAGAUGACGUGCAUGUCUGUAUCAUGUGUUUACGUGCCAUCAUGAAUUAUCAGUAUGGUUUCAACAUGGUCAUGUCUCAUCCACAUGCUGUCAACGAGAUUGCACUAAGCUUGAACAACAAGAAUCCAAGAACAAAAGCCCUUGUGUUAGAAUUGCUGGCAGCUGUUUGUCUUGUCAGAGGCGGGCACGAAAUCAUUUUAUCAGCAUUUGACAACUUUAAGGAGGUUUGUGGAGAAAAACAGCGCUUUGAGAAGUUGAUGGAACAUUUCAGGAAUGAAGACAAUAACAUAGAUUUUAUGGUGGCCUCUAUGCAGUUUAUUAAUAUUGUAGUCCAUUCAGUAGAAGAUAUGAAUUUCAGAGUUCACCUUCAAUAUGAAUUUACCAAAUUAGGCCUGGAUGAAUACUUGGAUAAGCUGAAACACACGGAGAGUGACAAGCUGCAGGUACAGAUUCAGGCUUACCUGGACAACGUGUUCGACGUGGGAGCGCUGCUGGAGGAUGCUGAAACCAAGAAUGCAGCCUUGGAAAGGGUGGAAGAGCUGGAAGAAAACAUCUCUCAUUUGUCUGAAAAACUGCAAGACACAGAGAAUGAAGCCAUGUCGAAGAUCGUGGAACUGGAAAAGCAGCUCAUGCAGAGGAACAAGGAGCUGGAUGUUGUUCGAGAAAUCUACAAAGAUGCAAACACCCAGGUUCACACGUUAAGGAAAAUGGUCAAAGAAAAAGAAGAAGCUAUUCAAAGACAGUCUACCCUGGAAAAAAAGAUUCAUGAACUGGAGAAACAAGGGACCAUUAAAAUUCAGAAGAAAGGGGAUGGGGACAUCGCCAUACUGCCAGUUGUGGCUUCUGGCACAUUGUCUUCCGGGUCAGAAGUGGCAGUGGGUAACUUUGUGGGACCAAUAACAGGGGCCGCCUGCUCAGGACCCUUGCCCCCGCCUCCCCCACCACUACCUCCGUCAUCAGACUCACCCGAAGCAGUGCAAAAUGGUCCAGUAACACCACCGAUGCCACCCCCGCCUCCACCCCCUCCCCCUCCCCCGCCGCCUCCACCCCCUCCCCUGCCUCCACCUCUGCCGGGUCCUGCAGCCGAGACUGCGCCCGCUCCUCCUUUACCACCCCCGCUUCCUCCUUCUGCACCUCCGCUGCCUGGGACGUCUUCACCCACAGUGGUUUUCAACUCAGGAUUAGCAGCUGUGAAAAUUAAGAAGCCAAUCAAGACAAAAUUCAGAAUGCCAGUUUUUAACUGGGUUGCCCUGAAGCCAAAUCAGAUCAAUGGCACAGUCUUCAAUGAAAUUGACGACGAGCGGAUACUGGAGGAUUUGAAUGUGGAUGAAUUUGAGGAAAUUUUUAAGACAAAAGCCCAAGGCCCUGCCAUUGACCUUUCUUCAAGCAAACAGAAGAUAACACAGAAGGGAUCCAACAAAGUGACGUUACUGGAAGCAAAUAGGGCCAAAAACCUCGCCAUAACCUUAAGGAAAGCUGGCAAGACCGCUGAUGAGAUCUGUAAAGCUAUUCAUGUAUUUGACUUGAAGACACUGCCCGUAGACUUUGUAGAAUGUUUAAUGAGGUUCUUGCCAACUGAGAAUGAGGUGAAAGUGCUCCGGCUCUAUGAGCGAGAAAGGAAGCCUGUGGAGAACUUGUCAGAUGAAGACCGGUUCAUGAUGCAGUUCAGUAAAAUCGAGAGGCUCCUGCAGAAGAUGACCAUCAUGGCCUUCAUCGGGAACUUUGCUGAAAGCAUUCAGAUGCUGACUCCUCAACUGCACUCAAUUAUAGCAGCAUCUGUCUCUAUAAAGUCAUCUCAAAAACUCAAGAAAAUUCUGGAGAUCAUCUUGGCCCUAGGGAACUAUAUGAACAGCAGUAAACGAGGAGCGGUUUAUGGAUUUAAACUUCAGAGCUUAGAUCUGCUUUUAGAUACAAAGUCAACAGACCGAAAGCAAACGCUGCUGCACUAUAUAUCGAACGUUGUAAAGGAAAAAUAUCACCAAGUGUCCCUAUUUUAUAAUGAGCUUCAUUAUGUGGAGAAAGCUGCUGCAGUCUCCCUUGAGAAUGUUUUACUGGAUGUCAAGGAGCUCCAGAGGGGAAUGGACUUGACCAAGAGGGAGUACACCAUGCAUGACCACAACACGCUGCUGAAGGAGUUUAUUCUCAACAACGAGGGGAAGCUGAAGAAGCUGCAGGAUGAUGCCAAGAUUGCCCAGGACGCCUUUGAUGAUGUGGUGAAGUACUUUGGAGAAAACCCCAAGACGACACCACCCUCUGUCUUCUUUCCUGUGUUUGUCCGGUUCGUGAAGGCCUAUAAGCAAGCAGAAGAGGAGAACGAGCUGAGGAAAAAGCAGGAACAAGCGCUCAUGGAGAAACUCCUGGAGCAGGAAGCGCUGAUGGAGCAGCAGGAUCCAAAGUCUCCUUCUCACAAAUCAAAGAGGCAGCAGCAAGAAUUAAUUGCGGAAUUAAGAAGGCGUCAAGUUAAAGAUAACAGACACGUAUACGAAGGAAAAGAUGGUGCCAUUGAAGAUAUUAUCACAGCUUUAAAGAAGAAUAAUAUCACUAAAUUUCCAAAUGUUCACUCGAGGAUCUUAGAAACCAACCAUAUAGACGAGCCGAUGCGGUGAGGAGGAGUGUCAGGCGGCGCUUUGACGAUCAGAACUUGCGUUCUGUUAAUGGUGCCGAAAUAACCAUGUGAACCUGAGAUCUGACUGUGUGAAUAGAGGGUGUGCAUGAAAGAAACUGUCCACAUGAACUUUAUGUGCUACCAUUUAACUGCAGCCUUGACAUAGAUAAAAUAUUCUAAGGGCUCAGAUUUAGCAAACACAUAGGAAUUUUAAAAUGAUGGGCUCUCCUUCCAACCUUUGUUAACAAGUGCCUAAAAGUGGAAGUACCUGCUCAGAUUAAUCAAAGCAAUAGGAUUUGAUUUGAUUAGGUAUCUUUUUACAUCAGUAUGUUAUUAAUUUUUUAAUCAAAUUGUAAAUUUCAUAUUAUAAGUAUCACCUGCUAUUGUGAUUGUCCCAUGAUGGCCCACUGUGGUUUCCUAAUAAGUCGUAAAUAACAUGAAUGCAUCUGCUGUGGGCUUCCUUUGCUGAGAUGUCUUUUAAGGAAUUUUGUGUUUCAGCCAUACCCAUCGACUUUGUAUUUUUAAGGGCUUGCAACAUGGAAGAAGAAAAAAAGUCACAUGAUAAACUCUUUCUGUCCAUAACCAAGGCCCAGCAAAGUACAAACAGGAUGCAAUUACAGUAGCACAGAAGUUACUUAGCUCUCACAUUCUCCUACUUCUGUGCUAGAGUACCAUGCUCUCCCUGUGAGAGAUUCACCUUAUGAAUGCAAGAAUAUGAUGGCAUACAAAUGUAUAAAACUGAUUUGCAGUACUGUGUUCUUCAGCUAGGGGCAGCUUUAAAAAAAAUAAUGCAAAUGUAUUUAUUAAUUAGCACUAAAAUUAACAUCUCAGUAAAUCGGUAUUAGGAUUUCUGAGGACCAUUAUGGGUCAAACCUGAGAACAGACAUCGGUGCCUUGCUAGCCAGGAAGUUCUCUGUUAAAAAGUAUUCGAGUACUUCUGCUAGCAGAGUAGUGUUAGUAACCUGGCCUUACUCUCCUCUGACAAUCGGUUGUUCUCCCCCGCCCCCCUCCUUCCUUUUGUAAAUUGGAGAAGACAUACUUGGCAUCAUAUUUUAAAGCUAAGGACUUGUAUUUCCCAGACUACUUUAUAGGGAAUUGCUGAAAUGUUCACAUUGGGAUUAAGUUUAAAUGGUAUGCAAUGGGACUAAAUGGCCAACUAAGCCAGUUAUUUUUUCUUCCUCUCUGGCAGGGCACUUGAUCCAUUCCAAAGUCAAAAACUGGACUGAAGCUAAUUUGUACUUUCCCUAACAUACAUUCUGCUUCUGGCUUACCUUCUUGGUACAUUACAUCAAUAUAUUAAUUGUAAAGUUUAUUGUAUAGUAUUUAACCACUGAAUUUAUGUUGUGCUUAUGUGAACUCCUUGGUGAAGGUCCAAUUUUCCUUGGAUAAUGUGUAGUUAUAUAUGACCUCUUUUUAAAUGUACAGAUAUUUUGCUAUAAAAUUGGUGCAGUUUUUUAUGGUUUUUACACUUCUCUUUAAUUCCCACCUAAGCCUCUUGGUAAUAUUGUAAAUAUUGUUUAAAAAUGCAUCAGCCUAUGCUAUACAAUCUGAAUGUUAUUUUAACUUAUAGUUUUUUUUUAAUAUAUAUAUUUAACUACAAGGACAGUUUAGGGAUCAGUUACAUUUUACUUUAGCAUACCUAUUUACAGAAAGAUUGCUUUUAAACUGUCACCUGCCAGCAAAUUUUCAUAAAUGUGUACCUUCAAAAGAACAUGCCAAGAUUUUGUCUGUUAACAUUCAUUUUGAUGAUAAAUUCAGCCAUGAGAUACACAAUGCAAACUGUUGGUCCUUUUCCAAAGCUCAAUGUUGAUGAGCAUGUUAAAAUACUUCUAUUUAUUAAUCUGUAGACAAUAAUGUUGGCAUGUUCUUUUCUGUUUGUCUAUUAAUGGGCUUCUUAGCAAUAUUAGAAUGUUUUAUAAAAGCAGUUCAUGUUACUUUUCUGCUCUUUUCAUGGCAUAUGAGCAAAUAAACUAUUUACACUACUAUCCUGUAAUAUGUUGUGGUCUUUCAGUAGUAUACUUUAGGGGUUUUGCCAGUUUUAUGUAUACCUUUAUCUUCUAGAAACAGGUAUGUCUUGGUGCUUAGA